AACCGUAUACCGUCGUGUAAUACUCUGGCGAUUGCAAACUUCUUACUUUUUUACACAGCAGCAACGUCUUCAUUCUUCAAUUUUUGCUUUUCAUUCUAUUUUCACUGGGGUUUUUUUGGUUUUGUUUUGUUUUAGUUUUAUCUAUACAGGUUGCCAGUAUCCGAAGCGCAGGGAAGCGAGGACCAUGGCUUCAAAUCCUUAUAGCUUUGGGGAAACCGAUCAGGUUUUAGUGGAAGAGAAAUCCUCUGCAAGAAUCUUCACUUUAAACAGGCCUAAACAACUAAAUGCUGUUUCUUUUCAAAUGGUAUCUCGGCUGCUGGAUCUUUUUCUUGCUUGUGAGGAGGACCCUUCUGUCAAAUUGAUAAUUCUGAAGGGAAAAGGAAGAGCUUUCUCUGCUGGAGGUGAUGUUACAGCCGUUGUUCGUGAUAUUACUCAAGUUGGUAUCUUAACAAAUUGGUAUCAGAGCACCGAUUCUGUGGCAAAUGGAAACAAAAUCCAGCAAUGAAUGGGAGGAAAAAUGGAGCUCGUUAAUGAGUCAAUUUGACCGCUUGAUGUUGCAAUAGGAAG